UCUCUAGAUUUCUUUCUUCCAUCUUUUUGCAUAUAUAGCAACAGUUAAGGAAAAAUCUCAGUCAAAUCUGUUCAAAUGUUUACAGAAAACAAACCCUCAUAAAAAGCUAGCCCCUCUCCAUCAUCAAACUUUCAUAGGUUUUCUUUCUCUCUCUCUCUCUCUCUCUAUAGAACACAUAUAUAAACAUAUAUCAUCAAAUUAAAUUAAUUUACUUUAAUUCAAUCAUCAAACCUUAUCCAACGAUCACCAUUUCUUCUUCUUGUAAUUCUUCAUUUCACCAAAAACCCUAAUCCCUUUUCUUGAUCCAAUUAGGUUUUCUCAAUAUUCCCAAACCCUAAUUCAUAACACCCCUCUCUCUCUCUCUAAUGGAUCCCCCAAACCCUGGUGAGAUCUACAGCUUCGCCAUUGCUGCAGCAGCUUCUUCUUCAAACCCCAAUUCAAUUUCGAUUUCAAUCAACACCACCAGCAACAGCAUGGGAUCAUCGCCGCCGUCGACGGCGGCGACGGUGGCGACAGCGGCGGCGACAGUCUCAUCUCCGACGACGACCCAGCAGCUCAGCCGGUACGAGAACCAGAAGCGCCGGGACUGGAACACCUUCGGGCAGUAUCUCCGCAACCACCGGCCGCCGCUGGCCCUCUCCCGGUGCAGCGGCGCGCACGUGCUGGAAUUCCUCCGGUACCUUGACCAGUUCGGGAAGACCAAAGUCCACACCCACCUCUGCCCGUUCUUCGGGCACCCCAACCCCCCCGCCCCCUGCCCCUGCCCGCUCCGCCAGGCCUGGGGCAGCCUCGACGCCCUCAUCGGCCGCCUACGCGCCGCCUACGAGGAGAACGGCGGCAACCCCGAAUCCAACCCCUUCGGCGCUAGAGCCGUCCGCCUCUAUCUCCGGGAAGUCAGAGAUUCUCAGGCCAAGGCCAGAGGGAUCAGCUACGAGAAGAAGAAGCGGAAAAGGCCGCCGCCGCCGCCCCCUCCGCCGCCGUCAUCCGCCGCACCGCUCAGUUAGAUCGAUACAGGCCCGCCGGAAUCAAUGGACUCCCAGCUCGCUUAUGCCAUUUUUGGCAAAAUCAAGACUCCAACUUGACAAGAAUUUUUCCAAAUUUGCUGUCGAAACAAACACACAUCACUGUCUAAUUUCUUUCACUUACUACGAUGAUGUUUGAUGUUGGAUUUCUUCAAAAGUUUGAAGAAGAAGACGAUGAUGAAUAAUGUUAAUUGAUGGAUAUGGGGUGGGUAAGUGCAGUGGCAGUUUUUUGGGUACAAAUCUGCCAUUUAUGACAAGCAUUAGAUUUCCAUAUCAAGAAGUGUGUCUUUUUCCUAACUUAACUGUGUUUCUUUAAAGGGUCUUGGCAAAUCAAUUCAGAUCAGAUGUCUGUGUGUAUAUCAUAUAUAUAUAUAUAUAUGUAUAUAUUUAUAUAUCAGCAUUAUCUAGAGUCUAUUUUGUGGGAUUUAAUUUUUAGAGGUGGUGAUAUAUGAUUUUAUAUUAUUUUAAUUUUUUUAGUAGAGUUUCCACAACUAAGCACUUGACAUUUGUGUCAUGUUCUGAUU